AUGGUAAAACCCGUGAAUCAAAAUAAGUACGGUACAGGCACGACCGGGUUGCAACCAAACGAUAAGCUGCAAAUUGACAAUGCCUCAAAUUCAACCAUGGAGCAACUGGAAGUUGUUAACAUGGAGUUAGAUGUAUCCUCUUCCUCUUUAAUUGUAUCCACCAAACAAACAUUAUUUGCCGCAGACUCACCUUUUUUUCUUUCGCCAUGUAUUUCCAUUUACCAGGCGGCUCAUCCUGUUGACGUCGCAAAUUCAAAAUUCCAAAAAUGA